ACACUAUCUUUGAUAACAGAAGAACAGAAGAAGGGAAUGUAUCUUAAAAAAAUAUAAAUAUCAUUCAAAAGUUCUAAACAACUACUCGUGUACUUGUCAUUAAAAUAUUGGAAAUCAUAAUAAAAUGUAUUUCAAACUAAUACUAGUUCUUCUCGUGUGUAACGUUGUAAAAUUAAGUGUACAGGGUGGCAGGGAGUUUGUUUCACCAGUGUUACAGUCACCUUCCCGAGGAAGAGAUUCAAACUGGUUGUCGUAUGGGGGAAAAAUCUACUACAAGCAAAUUGUUUUCAAGGCAAACUAUUUCAAAGCUACACAAUUUUGUCGACAACAAGGCAUGCAAUUGUUAAGUAUUAGCAACCAUAUAGAAAAUGAACGACUAGGAAAAUUUAUACUUGAUACAGGUACUUUAACAGGAUUAUACUGGACGUCUGGUACAAAACUAGUUGGAGACGAUCAAUGGGUUUGGUUAUCAACAGGCCAACGUAUAUCAUACACCAAUUGGGGCGCUGGGGAACCUUCUGGCAAAACUCCUGAUCAAAAAUCGGAGGAAAACUGUUUGGUAUUCGAUUACUUUAAAGGGAACAAUGCUUGGAACGAUAUGAAUUGUCAUUGGGAUCAGUAUUUUAUUUGUGAAUCUGUCUCAGAAUGUGAUAAAACUCAAUAUUAAAUUAAUAUGUCAUACAAUAUUUUAUGUAAGUAAUUGUUUAAUUUAUAACAAAUUAAAUAAAAUAAAGUCGGCCAAUACGAA